UGUCCGCCCACCAGGAUGGGAAAGAAUAACGCAGUUCACGCUGUAGCGAGCUGCAGCCAUUAGCUUUAUUUCACCAUGAAACAGGCCCCGGUUAAAGCGCUGCGGGAGAGAGAUGUGACAGCCGUUGCUUGUAAGGAUUAUUAGAGAGGUGGGAGUCCAACUCGUAGGCCCUGUUCGUUUUCUUAACGGGUUAUUGAGCCAACGCGACAAGGCUGCAGUCAUGGGACCAGACACCACUUCUGACACUAAAACAGAAUCUUCAGAGGAAAGUCCGGGAGAAAUCCUCGUGAAGGAAAUCUCAGAAUCAGAUUCCACUGACACAGAGGACUCUAAGCCGCUAGCUAGCAGCACUAAAGACAAGUGUUACCCUUGCUCCACCUGUGGGAAGGUAUUUGACAGACCAUCAAAGCUAGAAAGGCACAAACCUGUGCACACAAGGACGCCUAAGACUCUUCAUCAGUGUCAGCACUGUGACAAGAGUUUCACUCAAGAAGAGAAGCUGAUCCGACACCAGAAUUGCCACAAUAGGACUAACAAACAUCCCUGCCCUGACUGUGGAAAGAUUUUCAACAGGCCUUCAAAGCUAGAGAGGCACAAGCGCACACACUCAAAGAAACCGAAAGUGCCUCAUCAGUGUUCAUACUGCAAGAAGACGUUCAGCAAACUGAACAAACUUAUCCGUCACAAGCGGAUGCACACGGGGGAGAAGCCUUUCACCUGCUCCAUCUGUGGGAAAGGAUUCUCUGAGUCAGGUCACUGCAAAGCACAUGAAAAGACACACGAGGAGCAACCGGAAAAGCCUCACUGCUGCCCGGACUGCGGGAUGCGUUUCUUCAAGGCCUCGGAGGUCCGUCGGCACUUCCGCUCCCACUCUGGGGAGAAACCCUUCAGAUGCAGUGUGUGUGAAAGUUGCUUCUCCCGUUCAGAAGGGCUUAAAAGACACAUGAGGAGGCACACAGGGGAACGACCAUACAAAUGUGUUAUCUGCAGGAAAGGAUUUUACUCUCGUCAGGAUAUGAAUAUUCAUGGAUUGACCCACUCGGGAGAGAAACCGCAUCUCUGCCCCGUGUGUGGAAAAGGCUUCUCACAGCUGGGCAACAUGAAAGAGCAUGAACAAAAUGUUCACAUUAAAUCAGAGAAGUAUAUUUGCAAUGAAUGUGGGGCAACCUUCACACGGUACAAGUCUCUGAUAAAACAUCAGCGGACGCACACGGGAGAAAGACCCUAUCUGUGCCUCACCUGUGGUCGCAAGUUUUCAUGGAGCCAUUCUCUAAGCAGACACCAGAGGACACACGUGCAUGGACAGACGUCGAUGGAAAUGUCCAAAGACACAUUAAGUUUGGAAGGAGCCUCUGAGAAUCCCAGUAGUUGAAAAAGAAUAUUACUGGAGAGAACAUUUUGUUAGCAAUUUGCCAAUUUGUGGUGUAUUGAGAACAAAUUUUAAAUUUUUGUAAUGAUUCACUUUGCUGCUCACGGAAAUCCUUAGCAUGGGGUUUCCGAUUCGCUUCUACCAGUAUUUUUAUGAUACAAUCCUGUAGGUACAUUUCUGGCAUUUGUUUAUUAUUGAACUAUGUUGGCAGUAGAAAUGAAUGUUUACCUAGAAUAAGGAUUCCCCAACCCUGGACGAACACAGAUCAGGUGGCUGUUCUGUCCAGCACAGUUUCUGGGUAGCUCUGUUUACGUCUUCCUCUCAUGACAAAUGUUUAUUUGUCUAAAAAUAGCAUGGAUGAUAUCUCAUACACUAUCAUGUUUCAAUCUUUUUUAUUUCUUAGCCAUCUUCCCAGAAUAAAUAAUUUAAUGCCAAAAAUCAGUAAAUUUUGUAAUCAUGUAUCAAAUUAUCAUUAUUAUUUUGAUUGAACUUCUGCCAAAUGGUUAAUGCUGUACUGCCAGAGCAGAAAGGUGUUGGUACACUGUAUUUGACUUUAGUUGACCUUGCUCUACUCUUGGGAAACACCUACCAAUGAGAUUGCAGAUAGACCUGUGGCCUGAAGUGCAUCAGCUUCACUGAGACAGUGAACAAUGGUUCCAUCUGUUCAGUGCAGCAGAUGUUUUCCUCCAGUACGAGUUGUGUAUAAUUAAAAUGAAUAUCAAACUUUGUCUUUCUCAUUUCAAUUAGAUUUUUCACAAAGUGUAUUGCAUAUAUCAUGGGCUGUAUUUUGUAAUUGUAAAUGAUCUGUAUUUGUCUAGUCUCGAUGACCCAUUGAAGUUCUUUAUAGUACAGUUUUUGCCAGUCACCAUUCAUACAGUGCAACUAUGUUCAGCACUUUCUCAAUGGGAAGGGUUCAGUUUCAUGCCCGAUGAAAGUUGGCAUGCAGAGGAAGACAGGGACUGAACCGACGACUGAUCCACAGCCGCCCAAUGCAGACAUAGUAUCUCACUGCCAACAGAUACAUUGCAUUGUAUUGUAGAAGGCUUCAUUGUAAUAGCAUUAACAAUGGGCCUUGUAUGUUUUAGAUACAUAUUCAAGUAAUGUGCUCAAAUUAAAUUUUGAAAUGAACUUUGACCUACAAAAAUCUACCUGGAACAUUAUUUCUUAUAGAAAAUAUAGCCACCAAUAAAAUCUUUUCAUACAA